AUGAACCACACCGCCUUGAGUUCAGCUCGGAGUCAUUAUACUUCACAGUUUACAUGCAGAAACGUCGCUGCUGAAGCCUUGAAGGCCUACUUCAUCUCCCACCCAUGCUCCCCCUCGCUCCUCUCCCGAUCCAAUUCUCGUUGCUACUCUACUCAGCCCGCUCCACGGACCGAUGACCAUGCGUCACACAACCCUCCAGAUCGCGUGCAGCAGGACCGGCAAACUUCUUUUACCGAGAGAGCCAAACAGCGUCUCGCAAACAGGGAGUUCUUCACAAGCCUGUUGAGCUCGGCAGCAACCAAAAGAGAUGCAAAGGGCUAUAUAUCUUGGCUGAAGAACCCAACAAAGGCUGCUCCGGAGCAGAAACAUGGCCCGCAGAGACAGCAGCCCCAGGUCAAGGCGGGAGACCUGCUCGGUCGUACCAGAGCCUCGGAGGACAGCCCGGUCUUUAAACAGUCUGAAAAUGCACAACAUUCAGCAUUGGAAGAGCUAGAGACCCUACAUGUUGCCCUCGUCAAGAUCAGCAACAUCAAUGCCAUGGCUGACGGCAUUGUGAAGGGCAUCGCUCAAACCUUGUCUUCUCUUUCUCGUCUCAGCAUGGCACCUUGUGUCGUCUUGGAGGUACCUCAGGAGGAAACUCCACGAGCAACAAGGGAAAGCCUCACCCGGGCUGCAGAUAAACUGGUUGCUGUCAUUGACGCCGUCCACCCUUCGGGCGCGAGAAUACUUGACAAUCUUCUGAGUUUCGGUGCCGACGGCAGGCCUCAAGUUUUCCUACGAAAAUUGUUGACCCGUCCUCUGAGGCGGGGCAGGAUACCAAUCGUCCUUCCAGUGGCUUAUUCCGCGGAACGGUCCCAAGCUGUCUCUAUCACAGCUGACGAGGCUCUGCUGGGCUUGACCAGAGAACUUUCCGGUCACAUCUCCAGCCCUCCAGAGGGAAAGCAGCUCGAGACGGAGCGUAAACAGAUUUCCUUGGAGAGGAUCAUUGUUGUUGAUGAGACUGGGUCCAUCCCGAGCACAAAGUCCAUCGACGAAAAGCAUGUUUUCGUCAAUCUGGAGCAAGAAUAUUCCGCCUUGCAGGAGGAGUUGAGGAGCUCAACUGAAGGAAGCGUUUCUCAGAAGCAUGCCUCGAAUCUGAAGUUGUUUCGUGACGCACUGAAGAUGCUCCCAUCUUCUUCGUCUGGUUUGCUGACUACGCCUCUGGAAGCCGCGAAUAGUGCCAGGUUGAACGAUAGCGGAGUGUCAGGCGUCGGGACGAGAAGGCAGAAGAACCCUCUAAUCCAUAAUUUGUUGACCGAUAAGCCGGCGUAUUCAUCAUCUUUGCCUACAGGCAGACUGACACACGACACAUCUUCAAUACCCGUGACGACUUCCACUUUUGUGAAACGGGGCAUGCCGCUGACCAUCUUGCCCAACCCAGAGGCUCAGAUCUGGACUGGUGCGUCAAAGCCUCGUCUGCAACUGACCGACCCCAGAAUCGACCUGGAUCGUCUGACAUACCUCAUCGACGACUCUUUCAACCGAAAGCUCGACGUGGAAGCAUAUCUGAACCGCGUCAAUGACCGAAUCGCCGGUGUGAUCAUCGCAGGUGAAUACGAAGGCGGCGCCAUCCUCACGUGGGAAACGCCGCCGGGUUGCUCUGACGACGACACAGACCGUCUAGUCCCUUACCUCGACAAAUUCGCCGUCCUCAAAAAGUCCCAAGGCGCCGGCGGCGUGGCGGACAUUGUGUUCAAUGCCAUGGUGCGCACGUGUUUUCCGAGGGGCGUCUGCUGGCGCAGUCGGAAGGACAACCCGGUGAAUAAGUGGUACUUUGAACGGUCCAGGGGCACGUGGAAGAUUCCGGAGACCAACUGGACCAUGUUUUGGACGACGCCGGGCAUCUUUGACGGUGGGAACAAGACGGACGUCUUUUUGGAUUACGAAAGUGUGUGCAGGACCGUGAAGCCUACGUGGGCGGACGGGAAGAAGAUUGCUGAUUAG